UGUGCUAAAACAAGAGCUCAGUGUCAGGGACUGAGCAUUUCCCUGAGGACGGUCUACAAACAAACAUCGAGCUGUUGGAUCAUUUUGAAUCUAUGUGAAAGGACGUAAUCAAAUUGUUGAUCUCUACACAAACUACAGUAAUCAUGCAGUGGUACUUGUUCUUUCUUACUGUGAUGGCUCAGAAUCAUCUGAUGGUUUGUCAGCUCUAUCAGUAUCACUAUGUUAACGAGGAAAAAACUUGGAAAGAAGCUCAGCAGUAUUGCAGUCAGAAACACACUGACCUGGCCACAGUGACUAACAUGAAGGACAUGAAGAGACUCAUCAGUGUCUCACUAGGAGAUAUAAAGGAAGCUUGGAUUGGUCUGUAUGAUCAAACAAAUGCACAGAGAUCAUGGCACUGGUCUCUGCCUGGAGUGGAGUUCAAUGAAAGAGAGACAAAAUGGGCAAAAGAUGAACCAAAUAAUAAGGGAGCUGGAGGCCAAAAAUGUGGGAUAACAUGGAAAGAAUCUGAUCUUUUUUCCAAGUGGGGAGAUUUAUCCUGUAAUGAAAAGCAUAAUUUUCUCUGCUAUAGCGAAAAUGAUUCAUCACAGAAAUAUCACUUGAUUUAUGAAUCAAAGAACUGGACAGAAGCUCAGAGUUACUGUAGACAGAAACACACAGACCUGAUCAGUGGAUUGAAGCAGCUACAGGAUGGAGAAGUGAACAAGGGGUUAAAUUUAGCGACUGCAAAUUCAAGAUACAUCUUUACUGGUCUGUUUAGUGACACCUGGAUGUGGUCAGAUGGAAACAGUUCCUCCUUCAGACACUGGAAUCUGAAGUUUAAUAAUCAGAAAAUCAACAGUGGUCAAUGUGCCAUGACUGUGUUUGAUGAUGGAGGCAGAUGGAAGAAUGAGAACUGUGAUGAAAGAAAACCCUUCCUCUGUUAUGAUGAUAACGUGGUCCUGGUAAAAGAUAGUAAAACCUGGGAAGACGCCUUGAACCACUGCAGAGAUCACCACCAUGACCUGGUCACCAUCACCAACAUGGGUGAUCAGAGAUGGAUCGAGAAGAAAGUCAAGGAGGCAUCGACUGAUUAUGUCUGGAUUGGACUGAGCUACGCCUGCACUCUGGAUUUGUGGUUCUGGGUCAGUGACGAGGAGGUCCGUUACAACAACUCGGCCCAAAAUGAACCGAUGGACGACUGUGACAUGUCUGGAGCCAUGGAGAAAGGAGGAAAACACCUAUGGUUUAAAAAAAAUGAUACUGAGAAAUUUAACUUCAUCUGUUCUAAGAAUACGCGAGGAGAAUAAGUGUGAAUGCUGACAAGUGACAGUAUCACAAUGAAAUGAUUGAAAAUAGUAGCUUGUAUUUUGUUUUUGUUUUAUUCAUAUGUAAAUUAUUUUUACCCAAGCAAAAUGGUAAAGUCUAUCCUAACCUAAUCCUAAUGAAAGAUUCAUUAAAUUGAAAAAGAUCUGAUGUUCUGAUUUCUACUGUUUGUAUUUUUCUCAAGCUGCUCUUCUUUUAUUGGUCACUAUCAUAAAAUAUCUUGUUUAAGUAUGUUUGAAAGGAGAAAAAACAAUAAAUACUUACCU